UACAAUUCAGUCACUUUUUGAACUGCUAAUAAUCAAGCUUUUGCCGAUGUUUCAAAACCAAUUAAACUUUAGCUACUUCUUGUUCUGACCCAAUUUAUUUAUUGAAUUAGUGUAAUCAUCGAUGUGGAUAAGUUUAGCCGUCCAAAAGAAUAUAGUACUACUUUCUUUGUGAAAUUAAGUAGUACAACAAGAGUUCCUAAAUUUCAACGCCUCCUAGUUUGUUUUCUCAGCACAUCUUCCUCCAUUUCCAAGCCCUUCUACUUAAUCUUUCUUUGCCCAUUUUUCUGUGUCAAUGGAUAUACAAACCAAGAAAUUGAAGUGUCAAUCUGAACAAACUCACCCCAGAUAUGGAUUUAAUUCCCUACCUCAAGAAAUUGUCCUUGACAUAGUUUUCAGGCUCCCAAUAACAUCUUCAGUCCAAUUCAAGUUUGCUUGCAAGUUUUUUUACAACUUGUUACGUGAUUCAGAGCUUGUGAAUUUGCACCUGUCUCGUGCGGUAAAGAACAAUCCUUGCAUUAUUUUUCACGCGGAUUAUCCUUUAAGGAAUCAGCUCUACUUUCUUGAAUUUUCUGAUUAUGAUAAGGAAGAGGUUGUCAGGAAAAUCAGCAUCCCUUUUGCUAACUCUGUGCCUGAAUUUAGAGUGGUUGGAUCAUGUCAUGGGUUAUUGUGCAUAUGUCAUUCUAUGUUUAGUAAUGAAAUUUAUGUGUGUAAUCCUUUUACAAGGGACUACAAAGAGCUGUAUAAAUCAGUAGAAAUUUGAGGUGCAAAAAGUGUUUCUUGGAUUUGGUUUUCAUCCUAUUACCAAAGAGUACAAGGUGAUCAAGAUCAUAAAUUAUGCAAAUAUGUAUAAUCAUGUCUCUUGGCGCUAUCGUAGAUAUCGACCUCCUUACUUUGGUAAAUCAGAUGUUCAACUUCAAGUAUUUAGUCUUGGUAGCAACAGGUGAAGUGUUGGGGAAGUUGUUUAUGAUCCAAGUUCUCAAGGAGUUAUGCUAAACGGGAAGAUGCGUUGGUUGACUCAAUUUGGUAAGUAUAAUGGGCGUCGUGAUAGGCUUAUCGCUUCCUUUGAUUUAGAUAAGGAGGUAUUUGCUGUAGUUCCAAAGGUUGAUUUUGUUGCCAAGCCAAGAAUUCACAAGUUUCAUCUAGCAGUUCUUGGAGAUUGUCUUGUCGUUGCUCUAACUUUACCUCGCCAAAAUGGUGGAGGAAUAGAAAUUUGGGUAAUGAAGGAAUACAAUGUGAAAGAAUCAUGGGUGAAGGAGUUCAUAAUUGGAGCUUAUACACCAACUCCAAACUCUGCCACUCGAAAUUUGCAACCAUUGCCCCACAAAUAGCAGCUGAAUUGGUCGUUAAAAUCUGCUGCUGCCCAGUCGACAUUGCUCCAGACUUGUUUGCAAACUGCUGCUGCCCAAUCGACUUUGCUCCAGGAUUGCUUGCAUUCAACUGCUGCUCAGUGUUUGCGUUCAACUGCUGCUGCUGCUGUCCAGGUAGAUUUAUUACUGGAAGACUAGCAGUUGUACUGCUCGACAAGAUCUGCUACUGCCCAAGCUGAUUUGCUACUGAAAAUUCUUGCAAAGUUGUUCCAGGUGUCUUAUCUUGCUGCCUAGUCUUAGGAAUAAAAUCAGGAGCUUUAGCAUUAAGCUUGCUUCCUGAUCCUAACUUAGAAGAACUUCCUUUUUUUGGAAAUGAUAGAGAACCUACUGAUAACAUCUCCUCAUCACCACUACACCUCUCACCUUCAUCAGUAGAAUCCUCCGCAAAAUCAACUCCACAGUCUUCUUCCUCUGUGGUUCUUUUUUGCUUUUUAUUAUUAAUAAAACUAGCCCUAGGCACCUGCCUAGUGGAUUUGCUUAAAAA